CAGCAGCUCUAUUGUUGCACCACCGUGCUGUACUGUAUCCGGGGGUUCCCCAGGUUAUGUAAGAGUUGCUCUCCUGUGAAUUGAACACAAACUGGAUUUCCUGGAAGUCAGAUCCAAUCAAUUUCCCCCAAUAUAGCAAUGUGAAAUCUUUAUCCCAUAGAGAUUAUGGAACUUUAGUGAUGUUAUCACCAAAAAUUCAGCAUAGAAACAGGCCGAUUGACCCACCUAGUCCAUGCUGAUCAUCGAUCACCCGUUCACACUAGUUCUAUGUUAUCCCACUUUCUCAUCCACUCCCGACACGUUUGGGGGCAAGUUAAAGGACAAUUAACCUGCAAACCCACACAUCUUUGACAUGUGUGAGGAAAUCGGAGCAACCGGACGAAACUCAUAUGGUCACAGGGCCAACGUGCAAACUCCACAUUGACAGUGCCAGAGUUUAGGGUCUCACCUGGUUUCCGGUGCUAUGCAACAACAACCCUACCUGCUGCACCACUUAUUUGCGAUGAGUAGAGGGGGGAGGACAGUUUAGGUGACAAGGCUUGUAACCAUUGAAUAAACUGUGAAAGGUGUUUGUCAGAAUGCAGCAUACAUUGACUGACCAGGGAGCUCAACUAUAUAUCAGGCAGAAAACUAACGACAAUUUAACAAUAGAUAAAGGUGUUUAUCAGUUCUGAAGUUAUCGGAGCAGAAUUCAGUCUUUCUGAACUACUGUGCCAUUCAAUCAUGACUGAUCUAUUUUCCCCUCACAACCCCUUUCACGUGCCUUCUCCCAAAAUCCCCUGACACCCGUAAUAAUCAAGAAUCUGCCAUUCUCCACCUUAAAAAUAUCUAUUCAGAUUAGAGAAAAUAUUGCCAACCAAACAUGUUAUGCAGCCCGGAAUGAAAAAUAAUCGCAACAAAGCAAAAAUUACACAACCAAAGCUCUCCUUCGACUUUGUCCCCAUCAAUUGAAAAUCGUUCAUCAUUUCGAUUGAAAUCUCAGCGACUUUGGAAAGGAAACUUCCAUCGCGAUUGUGUUUAGCAAAUGAACUUUCAUACUUGCGGUUAUUUUUAGAUACAGUUUGGGGCGGGUACAUUGGUGUUGUAUUUGUCCGGAAGUCUUUUCCUGUGUUACUCGCGGACAAGUGAGCAAGGUGUGAGGGGGCCGGCGUUUUGUUUUCUUGUGGGGACUGGAAGAGGUCGCACAGUACCAGGCUCCAGUGAAGGAAAUUGUUUCAUUGGUAAUUCAGCAGCGGGUGAAGGCACUGCAGCCGCGGGUUCACGUCUCAUCGCAGUCACAUAUUUCUGACAUUCACAUUACAUCGAAUUCACUGAUACCCAAGGAUCAGUGUGAUCAUCUUUCCUCAACAUGGGUGGUCUUGGAUGGAAAAGCAAAUCAAAGGUCACAUUUGUUCUCGGUAUCAUCUUCGCCCUGUCUUGUCCAAUUACCCAAGCAGCUAGAAUAUUGGUCGUGCCUGUUGAUGGAAGUCACUGGAUUAAUAUGAAAAUUCUAAUGGAAGAGCUGAACCUUCGUGGCCACAACAUGACUGUGCUUUGUUACUCCGCAAACUGGUACAUCAAAGAGAGACCCGAUCUGUAUCAAACCAUCAUAGUUCAAGCACAAGAUGAAUUUGUAGCACCUUCAAGGAAAAAGGCGAUGGAAGAAGUUGUGCUAAUGUCACUGGACAGGUUACAGAAUAGUCACACACUAUGGGGCAACAUAAUGUUCCAAAAUCUAAUGAUUACAAUUAUGUACAAUUUCCAUAGAAUUUAUCAAAAUUUCAACAUGGCGAUCUUUGAAAACAAAACCUUGUUGAAUCAAUUUGAAAAUGCAAACUUUGACCUAAUUCUCACAGAUCCUAUAUUUGGUACCGGGCCAAUGCUUGCGUAUUAUUUAAAAGUGCCGCUGGUGUACAACAUACGAUGGCAGAUCAAUGGGGAAGCCCAUUUUCUCACUGCCCCGUCACCACUUUCCUACGUCCCACUUCCUGGCUCACUUCUCACAGACAAAAUGGAUUUUCUCCAAAGAACAGAAAAUGUAAUUUCCAGCCUCUUUCAACACUUGAUUUCUGAAUUUUUGGUGUACCCACUUUACAAUGAAAUCUGCCAUCGGUAUCUGGGACCAGACACGGACAUCAAGUCGAUUCUCCUCAGAGCUGAUGUGUGGCUGAUGAGGGUGGAUUUUGUGUUUGAAUUCCCAAGACCCACCAUGCCAAACAUUGUGUACAUCGGAGGCUUCCAGUGUAAACCAGCACGGCCUCUGGCAGCAGAGUUUGAGGAGUUUGUCCAAAGCUCAGGUAAACAUGGACUUGUUGUAAUGUCAUUGGGGACCUUUGUCCACUCUUUACCAAUGGAGAUUACAAUGAAAAUAGUAGAAGCUUUAUCUCAAAUCCCCCAGAAGGUUAUCUGGAGAUAUGAUGGUGAGACCCCUCCCAAUAUAGGGAAUAAUACACUGUUGGCAAAAUGGAUCCCUCAGAACGACCUGCUGGGUCACCCCAACACACGAGCCUUUGUUUCACACGGAGGCACCAAUGGGAUUUAUGAAGCCAUCUACCAUGGGGUGCCAGUGGUCGGCAUGCCUCUGCUUUUUGACCAGUUUGACAAUUUACUCAAGCUCGAAUCCCGAGGAACAGCAAAAGUGAUCAACAUUGCAACGAUGCACUCCACAGAUCUGUUGCAGGCACUCAACGAGGUGAUAAACGACGCAUCUUAUGGGGACAACAUGAAGAGACUCUCCGCUCUUCAUCGGGACCAGCCAGAGUCGCCAAUGGAGAGAGCCGUUUUCUGGGUUGAGUACGUUGCCCGACACAAAGGAGCGGGGCAUUUGCGCUCAGAAUCCCACCGACUCCCCUGGUACGCUUACUAUUGUGUAGAUGUGAUGAUCUUUCUGUUGUCUGUUUUACUCCUGCUCACUGUGUUGGUGGUUGGAACACUGAAGAAACUUUGUCGUAUUGCACGGAAGAAAAAGCAAAAAAUUCAUUAAUGUUUCUCAUUUUGAAUUGGGAGAAUGUCUUUUAAUUUUGUAAUUUCAUUUUGGUAAUCAAUUUUUAAUCAUAGUUUCUCCAACACCCCACCUAACAUUUCUCUCGCAACCCAUUCCCAAUACAGCUAUUGUGAAUCUUAAUAAUGCCUAUUCAGAAAUUAUAACAGAUAUUUGCUGAAUGUAGUUGCCACCAGCAAACAUCUGUACAUGCAAAUAUCUGUUAUAAUUUCUGAAUAGGCAUUAUUAAGAUAUGUGACAAAAUUGACAUGUUUUUAAAAUAUUAUUCAAACAAAAUCUAAAAAACAUGUCACACGUGUCAAGACCCUGUUUUGAUAAUUGUUGUUCCCAAUUCCCACAAUCAUACUGUCUAUUGGUACACAUGUUCACCACAUUGUUUCUCAGUUUUAAUAUGUUUGUUUUCUCCAUCAUUGGAGUUGCCUUCCAUGUCUUGUCAUGUUGAAAAUUUGUCUCUUUCAUGAACUUUGUUCUGCACAUUUUCCCAACUAUGACUGAUGCGUGAUGGCAGCUGAACCAGUGGGAGAGUCGAGGACCAGAGGCCACAGCCUCAGAAGAAAAGGCCAUACCUUUAGAAUGGAGACAAGGACGAAUUUCUUUACUGAGAUGGUGUUGAAUCUGUGGAAUUUGUUGCCACAGAUGGCUGUGGAGGCCAAGUCAAUGGGUAUUUUUUAAGGUGGAGAUUGACAGAGUCUUGAUUAGUGUAGGUGUCAGGGGUUAUGGGGGGAAGGUAGGAGAAUGGGGUUGAGAAGGAAGCAAAUUUAUUGAAUGGCAUGAACUUGAAGGGCCAAAUGGCCUUAUUCUGUUCCUACUACUUAUUAACUUGCGAAGACUCACUUGGAAAUAUGCUGCUGAUCGUUCCUGAUUGUUGGAUCUAAUAACUAGAAUUUAUUUCUGAACAGCAUUGGCAGAAGCAAGUACAAGGGACUGCUCUCGGAUCAGUGUUAAGGGAGAUUGAGAAAUAAAUGAGGAGCUAAAUGUUAGCACUGCUUGCAGGAGAUUUAACCAUAUAACCAUAUAACAAUUACAGCACGGAAACAGGCCAUCUCGGCCCUUCAAGUCCGUGCCGAACAAAUGUUUUUUCCCCUUCGUCCCACCUGCCUGCACUCAUACCAUAACCCUCCAUUCCCUUCUCAUCCAUAUGCCUAUCCAAUUUAUUUUUAAAUGAUACCAAUGAACCUGCCUCCACCACUUCCACUGGAAGCUCAUUCCACACCGCUACCACUCUCUGAGUAAAGAAGUUCCCCCUCAUAUUACCCCUAAACUUCUGUCCCUUAAUUCUGAAGUCAUGUCCUCUUGUUUGAAUCUUCCCUAUUCUCAAAGGGAAAAGCUUGUCCACAUUUGACUGAAGAUGUUGCAGGAACAUAUGAGCCUGAAAUAUUACUGAGUAAAUGAGAUUCCAGUUGAUGUGAAGGCCAGGCAACACAUUGUUUGUAAGGAAGAUAGACACAUAAAAAAACAGGAGUAACUUAGGCAACAUAUAUUUCUUUACUCAGAGAGUGGUAGCGG